GCGCGGCUCUGUGCCCACCUCGCGGAGACCACCGGCUCAGUUUCAUCUAGCGACUGGUCACCCUUGCAAUUAUGGAUAUUUGAAAGGAUCAGACCGUGUGGAGGGGGAGUUCCCCUCCUCACUCCCCCUUGGUGCUUGACUCCAGGAAUAAUUUAUAAACUGUGGCAUUUUUUUUUUUAAAGAAGAACUUGUAUUUGAUAUGAACUUUAUAGAGCUAUUUAAGUGCCAAAAACAAUUGUACUAAGAUAUAUAGUUUUAUACUAUUGCCAUGAGGAUUUAAAUUAUAAUCCUAAAAAGGUCAUUCAUUCUCAGUAAUUCUUCCUGAAUAGCACCUUUGUGUCCUAGCUUUUUCAUUUUUUAAAAUUGGUAUUAACUGACUAUUCUGCAGAAGUGAGCAGUAUAAAAACAAUUAGGAUGAAUUCUUCCGUUCCUGACUGCACAUCAAAGUGUCGAUCCCUGAAGCAUGCUUUGGAUGUCCUUUCUGUGGUAACAAAGGGAAGUGAAAACCAGAUUAAGGCCUUUCUCUCCAGCCAUUGUUACAAUGCUGCAACUAUCAAGGAUGCCUUUGGCAGGAAUGUCCUCCACCUUGUUUCCUCCUGUGGAAAGAAAGGAGUAUUAGAUUGGCUUAUUGAGAAAGGUGUGGAUCUCUUGGUGAAAGACAAGGAGUCAGGAUGGACAGCAUUGCACAGAAGCAUUUUUUAUGGACAUAUUGAUUGUGUUUGGUCUCUAUUGAAGCAUGGUGUUAAUCUGUAUAUUCAAGAUAAAGAAGGCCUGUCAGCUUUAGAUCUUGUAAUGAAGGACAGACCAUCUCAUGUAGUGUUCAAAAAUACUGAUCCUACAGAUGUCUACACUUGGGGCGAUAAUACAAAUUUUACCUUGGGCCAUGGAAGCCAGAAUAGCAAACAUCAUCCAGAGUUGGUGGAUCUCUUCUCCAGGAGCGGGGUUUAUAUCAAGCAGGUGGUGCUUUGUAAAUUUCACUCAGUGUUUCUGUCUCAGAAAGGGCAGGUUUAUACCUGUGGUCAUGGUCCUGGAGGGCGACUAGGCCAUGGAGAUGAACAGACAUGCUUGGUCCCCAGACUUGUGGAAGGACUAAGUGGUCAUAAUUGUUCCCAGGUGGCAGCUGCUAAGGAUCAUACUGUUGUAUUAACUGAAGAUGGAUGUGUUUACACAUUUGGUCUAAAUAUUUUUCAUCAGUUAGGAAUAAUUCCUGCACCUUCCAGUUGUAAUGUACCCAGACAGAUGCAGGCAAAAUAUCUGAAAGGAAGGACAAUCAUUGGAGUAGCAGCAGGCAGAUUUCAUACAGUGCUAUGGACUAGAGAAGCUGUUUAUACUAUGGGACUAAAUGGUGGACAACUGGGUUAUUUACUAGAUCCCAGUGGAGAAAAGUGUGUAACUAUUCCUCGUCAAGUUUCUGCCAUUCAUCAUAAGGACGUCACUCUGUCUUUGGUUGCUGCAAGUGAUGGGGCCACAGUCUGUGUUACCACAAGGGGAGAUAUUUACUUACUUGCAGAUUAUCAGUGCAAGAAGGUGGCUUCUAAACAACUGAACUUGAAAAAAAUUCUUGUAUCUGGGGGUCUCAUGGAAUACAAAGUUGAUCCUGAACAUUUGGAAGAAAAUGAGGGUCAAAAAAUUUGCAUUCUUGCAAUGGAUGGAGCUGGAAGGGUGUUUUGCUGGAGAUCAGUCAGUAGUUCUUUGAAGCAGUGUCGAUGGGCCUAUCCACGCCAGGUCUACAUUUCUGAUAUUGCUUUAAAUAGAAAUGAAAUUCUAUUUGUCACACAGGAUGGGGAAGGAUUUAGAGGGAAAUGGUUUGAAGAAAAAAGAAAGAUUUCUGAAAAGAAAGAAAUUUUAUCAAGUCUUCAUAAUUCUUCAGCAGAUGUGUCUUGUGUCUCUGAUAUAAACAACAUGUAUGAAAGAAUUCGACUUGAGAAACUUACUUUUGCCCAUAGAGCUGUUAGCAUCAGCACAGAUCCAAGUGGGUGCAACUUUGCAAUCCUGCAGUCAGAUCCUAAAACAAGGUUAGAUGGUGUCAGAUUUGAAAAUGAAAAAAUUAAUGUUAUUGCCAAGAAAACUGGUAAUAAACUGAAGCUAAAUCAGAAAAAAUGUUCAUUUCUGUGUGAUGUAACCAUGAAAUCAGUGGAUGGAAAGGAAUUUCCUUGUCAUAAAUGUGUUCUUUGUGCUAGACUUGAAUAUUUUCAUAGUAUGCUGAGUAGCUCAUGGAUUGAGGCUUCCAGUUGUGCAGCUCUGGAAAUACCCAUACAUUCUGACAUACUGCAAGUUGUUUUAGACUACCUCUAUACUGAUGAAGCUGUGGUGAUAAAAGAAUCUCAAAAUGUGGAUUUUAUUUGUAGUGUUCUUGUGGUAGCUGAUCAACUUCUCAUAACUCGAUUGAAAGAGAUUUGUGAAGUAGCACUAACUGAAAAAUUUACCCUUAAGAAUGCUGCCAUGCUACUAGAAUUUGCAGCAAUGUAUAAUGCUGAACAGUUGAAACUGUCUUGUUUACAGUUUAUAGGACUGAAUAUGGCAGCUUUACUUGAAGCAAGGUCUCUUGAUGUUUUAAGUGAUGCUGUUUUGAAGGAUCUUUCUGUAUUUUACCGAAAAAUGUUAUUACGAGAUGGACCAGAUAUUAGCUAUUUGGAGAAAGAAGAUGGAGAUAACUUUUUGAAAGAAGAAACAAAUAUGGAACAAAAUUAUUCGGAAACUAUGUUCAAGAAAGCAAAAACAAAAGCUAAAAGGAAGCCACGUAAGCGUUCAGAUAGUUCUGGAGGUUAUAACCUUUCAGAUAUUAUUCAGAGUCCACCAUCUACAGGAUUAUUAAAGUCUGGUAAGACCAAUUCUGUGGAAUCUCUUCCAGAACUAUUGACAUCAGACUCUGAAGGAAGCUAUGCGGGAGUGGGUAGUCCUAGAGAUUUACAGUCCCCUGAUUUCACAGCAGGAUUUCAUUCAGAUAAGACCGAG